AUGGAUGACUCCUCUAUAGCAGGUGCAGACAAGACGUCAUGCACUGACCAAGUCCAAUUACUCUUCCAAGAUAUUGACCCAGAGCAUCUAGAAGAGGUCGCUCGGCAGCACUUGUUCGACGUCCAGGCCACCAUUGCAGCGAUUCUCGACAGACAGGAACAAGGUGAGCAUUACCCACGCCGGGCUAAUUCCUUGAAACGCAAGCGCAGCUUGGGUGGUAGUGGGGAAGCAAAGGAAGAAUACGACGAAGACAGUGACGGCAGUAGCCAUGAAGAUCCUAGUCGUGACGUGAGGGCCAAGAUCGAGGACCCGCGGUACUUUCAAGAGACAGCCUCAGCCACAGCAUACAAGAACAUGGCAAUGACGCUCAUAAGUCAGGACUUUCCUCUCGUUCCGAAGCGAACAAUCAACCCCACACUGUUGCUUGACAACGACAACUCGUUAUACAAGACCUACAUUGCUAUUGAUGAAGCGACGAGGAAUUGGGAUCUAAGCAAACCCAAAUGGAUCCCGAAGAAGACUCGCACGAAAGCCUUGGACGUCUACUCUCCAUCGCGAAUCCUGCACCUGGACCGAAGAAAAUUUGGGCCAGAAGAAUGUGUGGCGCUGGAUGAGUUUCUUGCUGCGAGACGAGUGAAGGCCGAAAAGGACGCAGAGCAACUGAAUUUGGUAGAGUCAAGAAAGAAAGGCGAGAUGGAAGAAUGCGGUUGUUGCUUCGAUGAGUUCCCUCUCAACCGAAUGGUGCACUGUGAAGGCACUACUUUACAUUGGUUCUGCCGGCAGUGCAUGAAACAGCAAGCGGAAACCUUGGUAGGUGUCGGACAGUUUCAUCUCACCUGUCUCUCGAUGGAUGGCUGUUCUGCUGGCUACUCUCGUGCUCAAAAGAAAACUUUUCUCGACAAAAAGCUUUCAGUUGCCAUAGAUAGGAAUGAAGCAAAGGCUGCUCUCGAAGCGGCUGGGAUAGAAAACCUCGAGACCUGUCCCUUCUGCCCAAUGGCCAUGGAAUAUCCUCCAAUAUCAGAGAACAAGGAGUUUCGCUGCACCAAUCCCAGCUGCGAGGCUGUGAGCUGCCGAUGUUGUCGCAAGCAGACACACAUUCCCAAGACUUGUGCCGAGGCUGCUGAAGAUGAGGGCCAAUCAGCAAGACAUACCAUAGAGGAGGCCAUGAGCGAUGCAAUCAUUCGAAAGUGUAACAAAUGCACUCAGCCAUAUAUCAAACUGGAUGGUUGCAACAAGAUUCGUUGCACACGCUGUGGUACACUUCAGUGCUACACCGACGAGGCUCUGAAGUUCAAGGUCUCUCCUCGCGUCCUAGAAGACGACCAAAAUCAUCUCAUGAGGGACGCAAAUGGACAAGAACCACUACAACAAGAGCGCAACCGCUUGCAGAAUUUAUUUAGACGACGGCAGGAAGAUGGUGGUCUGGCUAUAGCUAGACAUGCACAGUAUCUAGGGGUCAUUCAGAACAGGAAUCAAUUGCGCAGAGCAGAAGUUGGGCCUAGAAACCCCCAGCGGCCUGUUGCGCAUAGACAGGGCGCACAUCAAAUAUUCGUCCAAAUGGGACAUCAGCAACCAUUCUAUAAUGACCAGCGCCCUGUACUCGACAAUGCAUUCAACAAUGAACUCAACAUUGCACUCGACAAUGCUAUCAAUGCAGAAAAUGAACUCGGCAAUGGGCUCGAAAAUGCUGCCAAUGUACAAGCCGCACUUGGACAGGAACCACGACAUCAAAUCAGGCAAGCAAUGCCUAAGAGGCUUCGAAAUAUGCCGCCUGGCCUACCAAAUCAUGCCCAGGCGGCCGUUGCGGCUUUCCCUCUGCCAGAGCCUGGUCAAACCGCCGCCAACCCGAUCAUCUUGGAUAACAAGACGACGACAGUUGCAGAUGAUAUGAAUAUGGCAUUGCGUAAUCGUAAUGCCUUCCUUCCCCCCAUGGUCCACCAAGACAACGAAGCACUAGCGCCGCUGGGACAAGAUUGGAUCCGUAAUGAAAAUCAGUUACCAAGACAGAAUUAUGGCCAACAGGGACCAAAUCACGCACAGGGAUUCGUAUAUAUUCCUCCCUUUGGAGGCAUACAGGCAGUUCCCCCAGGCGCAGAACCACACCCAGAGAACAGAGCUAGACCCGCGUGGACGUAG